AUGAAAGCCUGGAUGAGCUGGUUGCCUUUGUGCGUCUUUGGGAUUAUAUUUUUUGCACCAUGUCAGGGUAUCAAAACGUGUGUGGAUGGGAUUACCAUCAAUGUGAUUCUGCUGGAUGAUGAAGUGUCUCCCUGGAGCCUGAAGUUUGUGAAAGGGGAAAUACUGAAGGCUAUAGAGACCGAUGCAGCCAUCAAUGAGUCAGAAGGUAAAGAAAUAGAAAUAACUGUAUGUUGGCACAAAGUAACUGUAUGUCGUGUGAUCAUAUAUCUGACCACAGACUUUAAAUGAACAUUAAGACAGUGUAAAAUAAACUGAUGCUGUGAUCUUUUAUAAUCUUAUGAGUCCUGUAAUGUGGAAAAAAAAGAUAUUUCCACACAAGGUGACUGCAUUACAACAGAUUUACUGAUUUCCUAUUGUCAUGCAAAAUUGUUUUUCAGUUCACAUCUUAAAGAUCCUCACUCUAAUGUUUCAUUUAGGAUUCUCCCUGUUAAUGUAAGCCAAAGCGACCUACAAAGGUAAAAACACCCUCCAGUUUUCAGAGGGUAAAGUGGAGCAAUGACUGAUAACAGCAAGGACAUUAGUCAGUACAAUGAAUAAUAAGAUAAAGUUAAUUACACUAUUUAUUGGCAGUAAAUGAUUAUCUCGCAUGCUUACUCAUCAUCUUCUGCUUUUUUCAGCUUGAUCUUUAGACUGGGUAACCCUGAUAAAAUUAAAUCCAUAACUCAUCUGUGAAUGGAAAGUUUCACCUGCUCUUAAAAGUUUAUUCUGGGGAAAUUUUCACCCACAGCUACACAUGUCAGAAACAUCAUGAUAGAUUUCUAUAAACAGUCAGGGUUAUUGACAGGCAACCAGUGGUUUGCUGAGAUUCAAGCCUUUCAGUUACUCUCAAACCAUCAGUUGUGUUUGAGCUUGGUGCACAGGCGGUUUACAUCAAAACUGUUGUCGCAUUGUCGCAACAUUUGGCUUACAGCUAAAGCCCCCCUUGUGUAGUAGGGGAGAGCAACUAUACAAGAGGGAUAUUUAGUGGAGAUGUUCAUGUUACAGUCAAUUCUGAAGAGAUCUUGAACCUUUAAAAGAAAUUAAUCUUAUAUUUUUGCUUUUUCCCUUCCACAAUCCUCCAUAAAGAUUUGAAGUUUAACAUCACCCCAAAAUUUGGUGGGUUCAACACAACCAUGUAUCGAUAUAGAGGCUGCACGAGUAGCACUUGUGAGGGAUUGGCCCAGCUUAAAAAACUGAUGGUGAGUACCACUUUAAAAAGAUAACUCUAUACUUUGUUCUGAAAAAUCAUACAGGCUUGUUUAUGUGUUCAAAAUGUUCUUAGAGGGAUAAGCAAUAACUGUAUGUUUACAUGAAUAAUGCACCUUUAUCUCCUUGUGACAUAUAAAGCAAAAAAAAAAAAAAAACACCUCCCACUGGCUCUGACAUAUUUUACUGGUGCAGUCACAGCUUGUCAAUAAAUGGUUAUAAAAUCUAUACUGCAGUCAGCCACAGGAGGGAGCUCCAGAAGCCAGACACUAUGAGUGGUCACUGACAGUAAAGCCAAAAUACUUAUGCUGCGUUCCAGUUACCUUGGAAGUCAGAUGAUGGAGCUGGGAAUGACGUUACACCCGAGUUGAUGGUGAAACCAAGAUGGACGCCUAACGUUACCCAUUUUUAGCCGUUAUUUACAAUUAACAGCUGUUGUCAGCAGUUGUUCGUUGUUGUUAGCGAUACCAGUUGUAAACAACGCAUAACACAAUAUUUUACUCUUACAAACACCAUAGCACCGUGUUCAAAGUUAGACGUUUGACAGUACAACAUAUACCAUUUAUUUAAUUUCACAAAAAGAAAACUGAAGUCCUAAUAAAUAAUUUUGACAUUACGAGAGCUUUCACUGUUACUCUUUACUGUUGAUGCACUGCGCUGCCAUCUUGGAUUAUGAUGUUGUCGUCAAGUCGGGGUUGGUGAGGAUAGUCUGACUUUCCAAUUCGGAAAUAUGACUUCAGGGGGGCGUUCAAGAUGAAUUUCUUGACGGAGCUCGGAAAUUCCGACUUCUGAGUACAACUGCAAUGCAGCAUUUGAGCUCCCUUCACUGACAGGCAGUGGUAUAGACCAUAUGGCGCCUCUGCCAUGUUAACAUAUAGACCAUUAGUCAAACCGAAUAUCAAAUUUUAAGCUUUCAUGUUUUAUGUCAUUGCAGUCAGUUCCUAUCAUGCUAAUUUGUGUCCAAGAAAUCAUUUUUAUUUUUAAUGAAUAGUUUAGUCUCACUAAUUAUUUGAUUUUAAAAAGAGAUGAUUGAUUGAUUGACAGCUCUCUUGACCAACAUCAGCUCCUGCAACAUUCCAUACCAGCUUAGACUAGGAAUCUUGGCAAGAGAAAACAUAACCAACACUAACUUAAGAGUCAUUAAAAUAACUCAGAAUCAAAUCUGCACUGCUGCAUGUGAUCUGUGUCCAGAGGUUUUUCUCUGACAUUUUGUCUCAAGGUUAAAUAUGUGUUUUGGUUGAAGAAACAGUGCAAUACUGUUUAAACUGCUCUACUAACCGAGUCCUUUUUGUGCAUGACUUGGCUUAACUAUGUCAUCAUCUUUGGGGGCAUUCUUUUUGAUUCACAUCUCACAAUGGACAGAAAUAAAUGCAUAUUGUCCACUUCAUAUGCAGUCAGUGUUUUGUCCAUUUUUUAUACAGUUUAUAGGGUGAAGCUUGAUCUAACAGGGGUGCAGUUUCUGCUGUAUCAUCUUGAUUUGACAACCAUAUCCACAAAGCACUCAUUAUUUACUCAUAUAUCAGGCUGUGAAGCUCCAAUAAUGUUAGGAUGUUUAAUUUUAAGAUAUCAGAAAACAAUUUUUAUUUUUCAAUUGAUCAGCAACUGAAUAGACAGUAACAAUACAAAAUAGAAUCACUACCACAGUCAAACCAGACACCUUAUAUAGCACUGAAGAAACAGCCUUUUGGUUUUAGAUUUCCACUGCAAAUAUGUUCUGAAAGUUAUACCAACAUAUUUAUAGGACAAGAUCAGCAACAUAUCAGGGGGUUCCAAAAUCCACACAAAGCUCUUCACAGCAGCUUUAAUGUAUUCAUGUUCAUUUUGUGUCUUCAACCUCUCUUUUUAUUGGCAUUUCCACCUUAUGCAGAUCAGAGUGAUCAUUGUUAAUCCUAUGAAGUACAUGAUCAGGGCCUCACUCCCUAGCAACAGUGUGUUAUUUAUAGCAACGGUCUUCUUUUGAAAAAUGUCAAACCAUUGCCAUUAAAGACAAAAACCUCUCAUCUCUUUUCUGUUGCAGAAUUCAUCUGAUAUGGGAUGCGCGGUGCUUGGGCCCACUUGUUACUAUGCAAUGUUCCCAAUGGUUGAGUAAGUAAUUCGUCUUCUAAAGUUUUAUGAAAGCAGCAGUGGGAUAAUAAAACAUGGCUUAAACCUGUGCUCAUGUGACUUUAUGGUUCCUCUAUUACAGUAGUGAAAAGGGUCUGAAGCUCAGUACUCCCAUCAUCUCAGCAGGAAGUUUUGGCAUGUCAGUGGACUACAACGUCAACCUGCAGCGCCUCCUGCCGCCUGCACGAAAGAUUUCAGAUUUCUUUAUCCAUUUCUGGAAUCAUAGCAACACAAUCAAACCUAAAUGGGACACGGCAUAUGUUUACAAGAAACAGAACAACACUGAGGAUUGCUUCUGGUGAGUCACUGAUGAGACGUUUCUGAAGUGUGUCUAACUCCACAAGGUCUAUAAUAUGCAGGGAGUUUAUAUGAAGUUUUUGGUGUGAUGACAAGUGUCUGGUGUUUCCUUGUUCUUUGUAGACCAGAAGUUGAUUCGAUUUCUUAUCAUUUGGCAGCUGCAACUUCCAGCUCAUUGACUCACAUCAAUCCCUUUGACAGCACCCUCUGAUGACGGGCUGCAGUAUAGGUCAUAAAUCCCGCCUCCGCCAGCAAAGCUCAUGGAGCUGUGGACAAACUUUAGAAAUUUAUCACACAGAGUAUAAAUUUUUCUCCCCCCUGGUUGAGAUGUUGACAUGUAGUUAUUGUAAGACUGGUUUGUGCUCAAGUCCUCUUUUUUCUGCACAGCUCUGUUUUUAAAAGUUAUUAGGGGGUUCAUGUUUUCUAUGAUUGACACUUGAUACAGCCUAUGGGUGUACGAAGAUUGCUUAGCUCAACCAGGGGAUACGCUGUUCACAUCAUCACAGCGACUCUCAGUGACGCUCCCGCCGAAUGCGUACAAUGCUACUGGGCAAUGUUGGUUUCAGGAAGUGGAGAAAAAACGCAGAAUUACUGGGAACUUUUCGGCUUCAAAUCUGUAUACUGGCGGAACCAAGUUGUCCAUCGUAUAUACAGUCUAUGGGAAGGACGCAACAUAAAACCCCGGCUCUGUGAUGUAAAAAUUAUUUAUUGCAAAAAAAAAUAAUGAAGUGCCGUUUGACAUCAAGGUGUGGAACAGAGGGAUGUGAAGUGCUGCUCAAAGAAACAAAUAAACACAACAAAGGGUGACUCUAAACUCGAGUGGAAAAAUGACACUUUUAGAAAUUAACUCAAAACAGCUGUUAAAACAAAACGUGGGGUUAGCAGCUCCCUAUCCUACAAUUCCACAAAAGAUAUAUACAAUUAAAUCGCCUCCACACAUGAAUGCCAAAACAGAUUUUCCUGGCAAAGACACCAGCAAACACAAAUGUCUGCCCUCAAGCGCUUUAAUUGGCAACCUCUUGAAUCUGCCGCUCCUCCCUGAUUGGUCAGGUGGACUCACCCAUUAACCAAUCAGCAGCUGGUCCCUUUACAGUCAUACACAGACACUACCAGACAAGGUAAAUGGGGUGACACUUGAAGCUCACACCAAAACAAUUUUGGAAAGAUCAAAUAUCUCUAUUUAACCCAAUGUUUGUGAAUUGUUCAUGAUCCUUUAAGUACUAAGCCACAAAAGGCGCAUGAUAUAAUCUUGUCUGCGCAAGUAAAUAUACUAUACACAUAAGUGAACCAGUUUAUAUCCACCAGUAGUUAACCCUUGCAAAUCCAGUAUUGGUUAAGAUUCUACUUGCAGUCAUUUACCAUCAUGUGCAUCAGUGAUUUGAUUUUUGAUCGUGUUAAUACAGUUUAUGAUGUAUUUUAAGCAGUAAUUUGGCUGUAGCAUCAAUUAUUACAUUAGCUGCUGUUUUACUCCUCAGGUAUAUAAAUGCACUGGAAGUAGGUUCAGGUGCCUUUGCCAGAAACGUCUCCAGAACAGUGCUGCGCAGGCCAGAAGAACUGAUAGAGGUUAUCAAAUCACCUCACAACAGGACAAGCAACAGUAAGUGAAAUGAAAAUAUCUAUCUUAAGGUUUAAUAGAAACAUCAGCAGCAGUUUUUUUUUGGUCACAUUGUUUGGAUGUCUGUUUGUCAUCAGUGGUAUUGGCUGAUUAUAAAUACGGCUGCAUCUUGGUAAAAGUGCUGAUCAACAUAAAACCUUGAAUCUUAGCAAGUGUGCUUGUCUAAUCCUCAGUCAAAAUAUCUUGUUAAUUAACUGUAGUCUUAUUUCACAUCACAGAAACUCAACAGGUAACUACAGAUUUAAUAUCUUAUCAAAGAAUAUUAAAAAUGUACAAAAAUGGACUUGAAAUGUUUGGGAAAUAAUUAGAACAAAUCAAAUCCCAUGUUAUACAGUCACACACAGAGACACUACUAAACUCUAUGAUGCUGUUGUAAAUGGAGGCGUUUUAGGUUUAGUAUUCACUCAGGUUUCAAACUUGACCGAAAAAGGUAAACAGGGGCUUGACUACCUCCAAAGCUGUGAUUGUGAUGUAUUUAUAGUCGGUCUAUUGUCUUAAUGCACUUCCUUUGUUUGCAGUAUUCAUCAUAUGUGGAUCACCAAAGGACCUGAUUGAGGUGAAAAACAGCUCCAAAGAGCUGGACACCAGCGAUGUUGUCUUUAUCCUCAUUGAUCUGUACAAGUCAGUACUUUUCACUCAUUUAACCUCCUUUUAUGAGUCCUCUUUAUCUAUCUGUCUGUUUUUUUGUUAUCUUCAUAUUUUCUCUUGGAUUAUUUUACAUCCAAAGCAGUGAUUCCUGAUGCUCAGGGGUCACAUAGAAAUACAAUAAAGCAGUUCAAGAAAUUGAAUCAAAAUGCAUUAUAUUUACGAACAUCUUUCAUACUGUAACACACUGAGUAAAAUAGAAGCAGUAACUAUGAAUUCAUCAGAUUACUAAGAAUAUUAGCAAAGGCCAAAGGGCAACAAGAAGCUCAAAUGAAAGACUGACAAGAUCAUUUAAAGUAAUGUCGAUGAAAUGCCUUUUUACAGCCCAAACAUGAAACGGACCGCAAUAAAUACUGGUGCCACUAAAUGAGCUACAAAAGCAAACCUAAGCAUCAGCAUCAAGAUUAACCACAUAAAUGUAGUCAUGAAAGUUCCUCCCUGGAGCUUUAAAUAAUGGAUGAACAGCUGAGAGAGUAAGACAAGGAAGUAAAAGAGAAACACUGAUUGCAAAAAACAGUGAGCAGUGAUAAAUGUAUGAGCAAAAUGGUGGAUUAAAAGAGACUGAAACAUCUAAAUUAUUCACAAACAUAGAGAAGAAAUGCAACCAGAUAUCAGUAAAUCAUCUGUGUUAGUUUAACUCUCCUGUAGACUCUCGUGAUGGGCACGCUAGUUCUUUUAGAUGUACUGAAUCACUAAAAUCAGUUCACUAAAAAGAUUUGUUCAAAAGAUUCGUUCACCAAAUCACCGAAUCAUUCAGCGCUUGCCGGGUGGAACCUGUGUCUCCAACCUCCUGAACUGAUACACAACUAAACAGUUCAGGAUCCAAUUCAAUUCAUAGCUUCUGGGACCAGAAGAUGAGAGUGUUUGGCUGUGUUGCUUUGACAAACAGGUUUGUAAAAAUGAACUUGUUUAUAAGUCAUGAUGUGUACUGUCCAAAAAGUAAGCUAUUUAUCAGGUCUGCUCAGUGAGUGAUUUGUUUACAGAACGUUUAGAAGAAUUCAAACUUAACAUGCACCAUUCCCUCGCAAACAGCUGCAAUGAUUGGAUGCUGCGGAUUUCAUGCACUAUUUGUUACAUGCUGUGUCCUAUUGUAUGCAAGUUGUUCUGGUGGCAAAAAAAGUUCAUUUUGUCUGACAAAAAUGAUUCCAGAGAGUGUAGUUCAAUGCGAGAUUUGUUCACCAAGUGAUUCAGGCAUCAGUGCAUGUGGUCCCUCGUUCGUCGGCUGCUCGCCCAGCAAUCCUGCAUGUUAUAGCAGCUGCACUGCUGACAACUCAACUGAAUAACCUGAACAAAUCAUUUGAGGAAGUGAUUCGGUUCAGUACGUUCACUUAAAAGAUGCGGUUCUUUUGGAUGAAUCGUUCGCGAAUGACACAACACUAGUAGACUCACAUUAAAGGCUUAACAAAAUGAUUCAUCAUAUCUUAAAGAUAUAUGUUAGGCCACUCUCCCUCUAAUGUGAUGCUUCCUGUUCACAGUGAUGUUUAUUAUAAGACCUUAUCACAGCCGGCUAUGAAGAACGUGUUGGUGGUGACCAUGCCCAACAGCAGAAACUACACUGUCAAUUUAGAUUUGAAAGACAACAACACGGUGAGGACACAGGACACUAACAUCACCCAACUGUUCCUUCCUCAACAGCUCAUUAAAUCUGCAUCACCUUUAUAUAUGUGAUUAAUUUAUCCAUGAAUCUCUCAGUUCAACAAUCAAUAUAUUAUGACAAACAGUUCUUUCAGUAACUUGAUGGUUUGUUGAAUUUUCUCUCAGAUGAAUGAUUACAUGGCAGCGUACCAUGAUGCAGUGCUGCUGGUCGGCAGCUUGAUAAGAGAGAUUGUCAAAAAGAAUCAAACAGAGGCACAGAAUAUGGAGUACGUCAAUUCCAAUUACUUCAGGAACAUUACAUUUAAAGGUAAGUAAUGAGGAAGAAGAAGAAGAAGUCAGAGGACAGGGGAAAAACUGAUUCAAGUUUUGGAGGUGUUUUUUUAUUUUUGUUUGAUGGUGAAUAUAAGCGAUUCUUCAGUCAUUACGACACAAUUGUCAUAAUGCAUCUUUGUAUGUUGAUGUUAGCGUUUAGCUCAAACCCCCAAUGUGCUCAAGUGAAGCCACACAAGCUUCCUGGCAAGCCUUUGACCUGGUUAACUGGCUUAAAAAUCCAGUGUCACUAGAAGAAACACUAAAAAGUAGGAUAGUUACAGUUAAAAUAACGCUCCUCAUGAAUCAGCUUCUAAAACAAACAAACAAAUACCGCUGAUGUGAUUUCAGCAGGUCUGACAACAAGCCUGAGAGCUGACGUUGGUGAGCGUGAGUGUGUGAGGCCUAACAGAUGAGAGCUGUCAGCUGCUGUCUCUUAUUAGUGUUUCUCACUGACUGGAUAAAAGGUUGUGGAGUCAUAACCUUCAGGCUGGGGCUGUAAGAAGUCUGUGAUGGAUAGAUGUGAGCUGGAGACACUGAAAGAGAAACUGGUCCAUUAUAACAGGAUACAUGUCUGUCAGACUCUGUCUAAGAAUUAAUGUUUGAUUAACGGUUAUUACACAGUUUCUUGUCUCAAACAAAGUGUUGUAGAAGUUUCUGUGAUUCUUCCCAGGAAUUGCCGGAACCUACAAGCUGGAUGUGUAUGGUGACCGAGACGUGAAUUUCUCAGUUAUUUACACUAAUAUGAAAAACGAGGUAUGUAGUUUUCCUCUGUCACCUUUUAAACUGUAAAUCAAUCAAAAUUUUAUCAUUUUAUCUGUAAUGACUUAAGAAUCUCUAGCAAACCCCCUCCUGCUAUACUGAGCUGAAACAUGUACUCUUCACCUCUCAUGUGAUCCACAGUACCAAACUUUAUUCCUGUUUGACACCGAGCGCAAUCACAGCACUCUCGUCGACACAAACCCUUCCUUUAUCUGGGGAAAAAGACUUCCUAACACCAGCCCAGACCGAGGUAUAAAUCACACACACACACAAGUCAUGUCCAGUCUGUUUGUGUCAGCUGACUGUCACAACUUCUGAUCACUAACUCCCUGUUAAAGUACUUCAACAUGAAUGUGCAUGUUUUUGUUACAGAGUAUCAUUUGCAUGUAUGCCAUAAUACACCACAGAUUCAGAUUCCUUAUUAAAUAAUAAUUGGAUCUAUAUGGAGCUUUCUACAUGGUGUUAAGAUAGAUAAUACACUGCUCUCUUUUUCUCUUUCUUCAUCUCAUGCUGCGUGGGGAUCAGAUUUGCUUUCUGAGCAGUUGAACCAAUAAUCCUGAUGAAAAGAAAUGCUCUUUGAGUUAAAGAUGAUCCUUUUAUGAUUAUCUGUUUCUAUGACUGGCUUCUCACUCUCCCUUCUCUUCCUCCUAUAUCUGAAUGCUCUGUAAGUCUCAUGUCUAUGUCCACAUGCAAAAUAUCUAAGGCAGCAUCCAUCCAGAUCAUAUCACCCUUUGCCUCCAUCUGGUCCUGCUGAGCCUUGCAUUAGGGUUUUCUUAUGUAAACCAUAUGCUCUGAGCUCUGGGUGUAGCACGGUUUGCUUCGGUAAAUCCCUGAAUUUACAGACAUUAAGUGUCUAUUUUUAUGCUUCUACCGACAGGUCCAGUGAUACACGAUGUCAUUGUAAUUGUGUUGGCAGUUACAGUGGUUGUGGUCGCCACCAUUGCCUUCAUUUUUUACAGGUGAGUCAAACCAAGACGUAGGUCAAAGACACAUGUAGAUAAACUGAGCUGAACGGUAAUUGAGCACUUGUCAAUUAGGAAAAGACAUCAAUUCACCAGGUCUUUUGAAAUAACUAUAUGUCCCCAGCAGAUGACUGUAAUAUAGAUGGUAGUCUGAUAGACGAGUUUAAGUAAACAUGGUCACAAAAUAUGGCUUAAACCAAUCUUUAAAAAACGUGACAAUUAGAAAUUUAGACUUAUUUGUCCCAAUUUAGGGUUCCAGUGAACUUUUUGCAUAAAAAAGUUUAGCAUAUGAAACCUUUAAGUGUGACUUGUUAAGUCUCCCUGAUGGUGUUUUGUUUGUGCGCAGACAGAACAGGAGAGACCGUCUGGUCAGGAAGCGCUGGUCCCACAUCCCGUCAUAUUUCGUUACACCGCUGGAGAACAAUGAGCACAAUGUCGUCUCACUAAAGGUAAACCAGAUAUAUGACAGAUUAACCAGAUAUACUAUUAUCAACAACUUUCUUCUUUGUAUGACGGCUCAAAUUUUUACCCUUGCACUUAUUCACAAACACAUAUUGGCUCUAUUAAAGCUCCUGUAAGGAUUUCUUUAACCUCUGAGAUUCAUGUUGAUGUCUUUUUAUGGUAUCAAAAAGCAAAUAAGACCAUCAGCAAUAAGACAGAAGAUUUUUAAAUAUGAUAUAUUUACAAGAAAUGGUUUAUUUUACUGUCAAAAGGGAGGAUGAUGAUAUAUUUUGUCAGGAGACACAUUUUAAGCAUGUAGAAGACAAGAUAAGCAAAGACUGAUUUAUCCAAAGGGAAAAGCAAAUUUGAUACAGAUGAUCUUUGUCCGCUCCUUUCAGAUUGAAGAAGAGAGGAAGAAAAAGAAAAGGGAUUUCAAAAUCCGCCGUGCACUCUACGAUAAGAAGGUAGCUUUUUAAUCCACAUAUGAGCGUGCAGAGUGAGUUGUUAAAGAGACUGAUGAUCCUGCUGCAACAUUUCCAGAUUGUGAUUCUGAAGGAGCUGAAGCACUCGGACGGAGAGUUCAACGAGACCCAGAGGAUAGAACUUAACGCAGUAAGACACUCAUGCACAGAGGGAGAAGUUGGUGUAAAAUCAGGCUUUUGCUGAUAUGACUUCUUGAUGAACUCCAUGUUCCCUGCGUAAUAUUCCUUCAAGUUAAUGUCUGAAAAAGCUCCUGUUUUUUGCCUCUCCUCUUUUCUCUACAGCUCUUGCAGAUCGACUAUUACAACCUCACAAAAUUUUAUGGCACAGUGAAGUUUGAUCAGGGCGUGUUCGGAGUGUUUGAGUAUGGAGAAAGGGGGUCGCUCAGGGUAAGAGUGGCAUGCACACGCUGACCUCAUGACCAGUUUACUGUCCACUAAAGCUCGCUUUGCACAUCUAUAAGCUCUAUCCUCAGGAAAAUAUCCAGUGUAGUAGUCACUUGAGACAGAGAAGAAAGAAAAUAUUUAAUAUCAAUUUAAAAUGUAAUCAAGAGUCCACAUGCAUAUAUGCAAACAUCCUAAUUUGUCUUCUUUUCUUUUAGUUUGUGUUGAAUGAUAAGGUCUCAUACCCAGAGGAAACCUUCAUGAACUGGGAGUUCAAGAUCUCCGUCAUGUUUGACAUCGCCAAGGUGAUUCACACACCCUGUGCUGCUGAAGUGUUGUGUUUGGUCUGUUGCACGUGAGCUUAUAGAGUAGUCAGUGCUGUUUGUUUAGCUUGACAUAUUGGCACAUCUAACAUACCUUCAAGUCAAACACCAGCUCACAGACUCAGUGCCACAGUAUUGAAAGUUAAGAGAUAAGAGGUUAGAGUUUUGUAUGGAGGGUAAUAUUCUAAUAAAGACUAUACAGUAUCACUUACACACCUGCAGGGAUUGUUAUUGCAGUUCCUCUGACAACCAGUAGAGGUCGGUAAAGCUCGCAGGUGAUUUAUUUCAUCUAAAAAUGAUCUCCUCUGGUGUGUGCAGGGCAUGUCUUACCUCCACAACAGUGACAUUCAGGUGCACGGUCGCCUCAAGUCCACAAACUGUGUGGUGGAUAACCGUAUGGUGGUAAAAAUCACAGACUUCGGCUGCAACUCCUUCCUCAGUCCCGGCAAAGGUAAAAAGCACAUGCAGCUGAAGUUGGUCUGUUAGGUGUUCCUUCACCUCCCUGAUUUAACUUCAUGGUAUUUUCUCAUUCAUCUCUUCUCCUCUCAGACUUAUGGACGGCUCCAGAGCAUCUGAGGAAAGAGGGCACCUCUCAGAAAGGAGACGUGUACAGCUUCGCCGUCAUCUCUCACGAGAUCGUCCUCAGAAAGAACACUUUUUACACGGAGUGCUACAUCAACAGAGAAGGUGAUAACAUGAUCACGGUCUGAAAUAAAACUCUGAUUUCUGCAAAUGAUAUAAAAAGAACAAAUGUAAUAAUUAGUCUUACACAACUUUAUGAAAAAAAAGAUUAAAAUAGGAAGGUGUAUGUGGCUUUUAUGAGAGAGUAUGGGAUUUAUGAGGCUGUGCUGGUUUAUUACUGAACCACUGACCUGCUUUAAUGAGUACAAACCUGUAAGUAACUUUGUAGGACUCUCUGUCUUCCAGAAAAGCUGUCCAGGGUCAUCACGUCCUACUUCAGACCUGAUCUCAACUUUGAGACGGCUACAGAGAAAGAGUCAGAGGUGAGUCCUUUCCCACUGGCUCUGCAAAAACAAAAUGUCCUUAAAGCUGAGUGCCUUCUCUCUCCCUCACUCUAGGUGUACGUGUUGAUAAAAAGCUGUUGGGAUGAGGAUCCAGAAAAACGCCCUGACUUUAAGAAGAUAGAAAACUAUCUGGGGAAAAUCAUCAGGUAACAACCUUCUUAUUGUGAUCUGUAUAUCUUUUCCAGAUUAACUCACUUAAUCUUCUCACCGUCUUUUGUCCUUCAGUAAAAUUCACGACCAGGAAAACGAGAGCUACAUGGACGACAUGAUCCGACGUCUGCAGAGUUAUUCCAGAAACCUGGAGCACCUGGUGGAGGAGAGGACGGCGCUCUACAAAUCUGAGAGGGACAGAGCGGACCACCUUAACUUCAUGCUGCUUCCUCGGUCUGUUUGCACUUCAAGAAACAUUUGAAAAUGUUGAAAUACAGAAUGGAAAAGUCACCCCUCAGGAAACUGAUUUUGAGGGUGCAAAUACUUGAAUAAUAUGCAACCCACCAAUUUCUGUUUUGAUCAACACUUUUUACAGCAUCCCAACUUUUUUGAACGAGGGUUGUAAUGAAAACUAUCCCAGAAAAAGUUACAGAAAAAGUACUUGCACUUUAAAUAUUCCAUUAGAAGUUUCCUAGGAGUUCAUGUAAUUCAACAAGAUAUCAAAUCGAGUCUGAAAACAGUAUUUCCUUACAUAUUUGGACCUAAAAAGUGAAACUUCUGAGGUGAAUAGAAAAAAGGUUAGUGGUUUCUUAUCAUUGAAUGUUUUUCUUUGUGCAGCCCUGUCGUGAAAAGUCUAAAGGAGAGCGGCGUGGUGGAGCCUGAGCUGUACGAUGAGGUGACGAUAUAUUUCAGUGACAUCGUCGGCUUCACCACUCUGUGCCAGUACAGCACGCCUAUGGAAGUGGUGGACAUGCUCAACGACAUCUACAAGGGCUUCGACAGUAUAGUCGACCACCAUGAUGUAUACAAGGUAGUGACGAGAUUUAUAUCCAACAGACUGACAAAAACACCUGAAAGUAGACGAAUGAAACCUCUUUUCUUCUCCCCGUGUUCAGGUAGAGACCAUUGGUGAUGCCUACAUGGUGGCCUCUGGGCUUCCAGAGAGAAACGGUAACAGGCAUGCUGUGGAUAUCUGUCGCAUGGCGCUGGACAUCCUGGCCUUCAUGGGAACCUUCCAGCUCCGACACCUGCCCGGUAUUCCUGUGUGGAUACGGAUUGGUGUCCACUCAGGUGAUGAAAACUGUCCUUCCUCUUCACUCUUGAAAGUGACCUGAUUUGUUACCACUCCAUCAAUAUCCCCUCAAAGAGUGACGGACUGAUUACUUGUGUUUCGUGUGUUCAGGUCCCUGUGCAGCUGGUGUCGUGGGGUUAAAGAUGCCCAGAUAUUGUUUAUUUGGAGACACGGUCAACACAGCAUCUCGUAUGGAGUCUACAGGCCACCGUAAGUACAGAAAUAAACACACAAUAAGACCACAACGGGGUUGAUUCAAACAAACUUUCAACAGUCCAGUUAUUGUCCUGCUCAUGACUCCUGUGCUGUUAUGAAAGCUACCAGUCAGACUGGUUAAAUGAAUUAAACCUCCUGAGCGUGGGUACAAAUCUAAUCAGGCCUAUUGUUUUAAUGUGCCGCAGCCCUGAAGAUCCACGUCAGUAAGCCGGCUAUAAAUAUCCUGCAGAGGACGGACUGUAGGUUUGAGUAUGAGAUCAGAGGAGAAACAUAUCUGAAGGUAAAGAUGCAGCACUUUUUCAUUUUACAUACAGAUUUUAAUCCCAGAAUUAAAUCAGGAACGAUCAUUCAUGGAGAAAGCACACAUGGCUGUAAAGUCUCAGUAUAAAUGUGCGUUUCUGUGUUUUCUAAGGGGAAAGGCAUGGAGACAACUUACUGGCUGACAGGAGAGAUGGGCAAAGACUACGACCUCCCGAUGCCUCCAACAGCGUAAGCAAACUCUCCAACAUCUCCUCAGACACGCCUGUUUGGUGUGUUAUUUCCUCUUAAUAAAUCACAGGGAUCAGUGUAAAUUUAGCCCCACAGAAGGUUACAAAGCCUUUCCUUUACCGAGAGCCUAAAGAUUUCCAUACCUACCUCUGCAAGGUUGUUAAAAAAGGAACAUUAAAAAUUCACCAGGAUCUGUCACAUCAGUCUCAAGUUGAUAUUGUUAAGAUGUAGGUUAGAUUAGCUUCGAUGGUGGAAUGAGGGGAAAUAGCCACUAUUAUGCUACUGUAUGGAUCUUUUAACAUUGACCUAAAACUCCAAAUAAAAAGAAGGCCAAAUGUAUGAUAACAAUAUGAACCAUUAACUGAAAUAACCCUUAACUGGUACAUGACUCCUUACUGUGUGUCUACAUACAGUGAUACUGAUUGGAAAGGUUUAAGCUGUCAUUGCUUCUUGGUAAGUUUAAGACUGACUUGUACUAAUCUGGUUCCAGAGAGAACUUCCAGCGGCUCCAGCAGGAUCUGGCGCAGAUGAUCCUGGCGUGCCUUGAGCGCCGCUCCCGGGGAUCGAUCCGGAGGAGGAGGUCGAGUAAGAGCGCAAAGGAUGACGACAAAGACCAGGAAUCAGGGGUGGAGUCUGAGGGGGAGCCUCCUGAGUACCUCCAUCUGGCCACUGUGGAUAACACCCUCAGCACCUUCCUGUAG